CCUCCGGAUGACACUAAAUGGUAUGACCCUCGCCGCUAUAAAAAGCACGCGCAAUUGGAGAAAAAAGCAAAUAAUCAAAGUUGGCUGGAAUUGAACGUGGAUAAAACACUGCCAACAUGGAGUGGACUCCCAUGGAAAUCAACCCCGAGUUGAUGAGUAAACUAGGCGUCGGUGAAAGCUGGCGUUUUGUGGACGUCCUCGGUCUGGAAGCCGAGCAACUGUCCGCUGUUCCCAAGCCCUGCUGUGCCUUGAUGCUGCUUUUCCCCCUCACACAACAGCAUGAAUCUUUCAGGCAACAGCAGGCAGACAAAGUGGUGCCAGGUUCCGAUGUUUAUUUCCUGAAGCAGACAGCGGUCAAUUCCUGCGGCACCAUCGCCCUACUGCACGCUGUUGGCAACAACCAAAGCAAACUGACAUUUGAGGGUGGUUCUCUCUUGAAGACCUUUCUGGAUGAGACUGCUAAGCUGUCUGCUGAAGACCGUGCCAAACAUCUGGACAAGAAUAAGGCCAUCCACACUGCUCACAAUGAGAUUGCUGCACAGGGACAAUGUAGGCCAGAAGCAGAUAAAGUCAACUUCCACUUUAUUGCCUUUGUCAACGUAAAUGGCCAACUUCUGGAAUUGGAUGGGAUGAUGAACGGCCCUCUGAAGCAUGGACCCACCAAAGAUGAGACCCUCGUAACGGACGCGGCCAAAGUCUGCAGCGGCUUUGUGGAGCGAGGACACGGGGAAGUUCGCUUCUCCGCCGUGGCUCUCUGUCGCUGUUAAAUUGUGGACCUCCGUCAGAUGCCACAUAUCUGCAUCUGAUGCUGGGCGUUUGCACCCCUACUCUCCCAUCCGGCACAAUCCCAGCACCACAACACUUCAGUUUUGGCCUUCAGACAGUAUUCCCUAGCUGGGAUCAAUGCAGGAAAACGAGGAAAUCUCAUUGCUGCGUCCAAGCACUGGUCUCUAUGCUUUUAUGCUUGAAUGCCAUUAAGAGUACAAAUGAGUGUUGUAGUGAUGACACAAUCAAACACUGUUUUAGAUGCCUUAUGCUGCUGAAUAGUAGGCUGACGUUCCUACAGCCCGUGUGUACUUUGAAGCUGAUGUUCUUCACACAGCUUCAGCUUCAGUCGCUUCAGGGUUUGUUUUUUGAAGAAUUAAAAGUGCAAUGUGUUUGCUUUACUUUGCACAGUAGACUAGUGUUGUUGACAUUGAUCACCCACCCGUUAGCUUAGCUUAGCAUAGCUGCUUUUCCUCAUGCUAACCAUGAGUAAGCUGUGGUAGAUCAUUCAACUUGUUGUGCUAAAUAAAUGAGUCAACGUAA